UUCUGUACCCAUCCUGGAACAUCGGAUAAACAGUUAUUCCCGACAUUUGCUCGAACUCGACCUCCCGACACUCAAAUAUCCAAAUCAGUGGCCUCCGUUUUACUCAAAUUCAAUUGGCAUAAAGUUGCUCUUCUUUACUCUCAAAGUGAAUCUGAUGAACGAAACUUCGAGGCCGUUGCUCGAACAGUUCAAUCAACUUUGGCUGCGAAUAAAAUUGAGGUUCAAUUUAUCAGUAGAUGGACAACAACUUAUCAUUAUGGUUAUACUGAUAAUCCUUUCAGUGACCUUGUUGAACGAUCCUAUCGACACACAAGAAUCUAUGUUGUUGUAGGUCAUUAUUAUGAGCAUCUUGGAUUUAUGAUGAGCCUCGAAGAGAAAGGUUUACUCGAGAGUGGACAAUAUUUCGUGGUGGGAGUAGAUGUUGAACAUUACAAUAGCCAAGAACCACAAAUCUAUUUCAAAGGUCUCCUAAAAGAUCAGAUUAAUCAAGUUGCUCAGAAAAGUUUCCAAUCAUAUAUCGGUGUUGUUUCAUCGCCUUACAUUGGAUCUGAAUCAUUUUCCCUCAAAGUUAAUCGUUACCUUCAAAUGCCUCCGUUCAGCAUUCCCAAUCCACUUGGUUCAUUUGGUGGCCUUAAACGGGUACCUGCUGAUGCCGCUUAUCUUUACGAUGCUGUUUUCAUUUACGCUCGAGCCCUUAAUGAAUGUCUAAUCGAUGGUAAUAACCAUCGAGAUGGUAAAUUGUUACUUUCAUAUAUACGAAAUCGUCCAUAUAAAAGUGCAAUGGGUUAUAUGGUUUACAUGGACCAAAAUGGCGACGCUGAAGGUAACUAUACCUUAAUUGCUCGUAAAAAACGUGAUGGUAAAUAUGGACUUCAUCCAAUUGGAGUAUUUCAAAUGCCGAUUAAUUCAUCAGAUUUACCGAGUCUGAAUUUAGUUGAUUCAGUUGAAUGGGUAUCUGAUUAUCCUCCUGCUGAUGAGCCUCAUUGUGGAUUUGACGGUGAUAAAUGUAAAGAACCACCAUUAGAAUGGUUUUUUGCCUUAAUUGCGAGUGUAAUUGCUGUAAUGGCAAUAUUAAUGAUGAUCGGUUAUCGAGCUUGGAUUUAUGAACAAGAAUUGGACAGUUUAUUGUGGCGAGUUGAUUUUAAAGAUGUCAUUGUCCGAGAAACUGUUCCAAUUACUAAAUUUUCAAAGCUUAGAUACUCUUCACAAGUUUCCCUUAAUUCAGCAAGUGACAUACUCGAGUUUCGUUAUUGUCACUUGUACACUCAAGUCGCGUUUUAUAAAGGACGAUUAGUGGCCUUAAAAAGAAUAAACAAGAAAAAUGUUGUCAUUAAUCGUGAAUUAAAAAUCGAAAUGAAAUUAAUGAAGGAUAUACGACACGAUAAUCUGAACCAAUUCAUCGGUGCCUGUGUUGAUGCUCCUAAUAUUUCAAUAUUAACUGAUUAUUGUACAAGAGGGAGUCUAAAGGAUGUUUUACAAAAUGCUGAAGUUCAUCUUGAUCACAUUUUCAUCGCUUCAAUGGUUGGUGAUAUUAUAAGAGGAAUGAUUUAUCUUCACGAAUCAGCUAUACAUGUUCAUGGUAAUUUAAAAUCAUCUAAUUGUUUAGUUGAUAGUCGAUGGGCUGUUAAAAUUUCGGACUUUGGUUUGAAUGAAUUGAAACAUGGUGAAGUCGUUAAAAUGGCCGAUUUUGAAAAAUAUUGUGAAAGUUUAUUGUGGAGAGCACCUGAGUUGAUCCAAUUGUCUGGUGGUAAUUUAUUUACCGGUAAUCAGAAGGGCGAUUCAUAUUCAUUUGGAAUGAUUCUUUAUGAGAUUCUAAGCCGCCAGGGACCUUGGGGUGGGUGUAAUUUAUCAGCUUCCGAGAUAAUCACUUCGCUUAUUAAUCCAAAGCUAACAAGUAAACCGAUUCGACCUCCGGUUGAUUAUCUUCGUGAUAAAUUAAGAUUAACCUCUCGUUAUAAUGGAUGUGGUACCAUUAGUAUUAAUUCAAUCAAUAAUAAUGCCGAUGAUUAUGGUAAUAUUAAUAAGAAUCAGUUGACCAAUUAUAUGUACGAUAUUUGUAUCUCUUGUAUGGAAUCGUGUUGGUCUGAGAAUCCCGAUGAUAGGCCAGAUUUUAAGAUGAUACGAAAUCGACUGAAACCAAUUAAAAGAGAUCUAAAAAGUAAUAUUCUUGAUAAUAUGUUGGACAUGAUGGAAAGAUACACAACUAAUUUAGAGGCGCUGGUUGAUGAGCGAACUGACCAAUUGGUCCAAGAGAAAAAGAAAACGGAAGAUUUACUUUAUGAGAUGUUACCUAAAGCGGUGGCUGAUGAGCUUCGCCGUGGACACAAAGUUGAAGCGGAAUCUUUUGAAUCGGUGACCGUGUUUUUCAGUGACAUCGUUGGAUUUACUCGAAUGUCCGCUCAAUCGACUCCCCUUCAAAUUGUUGACUUUCUCAAUGAUUUGUAUACACUUUUUGAUUCGAUCGUUGAAUCUUAUGAUGUUUACAAGGUGGAAACCAUUGGUGAUGCUUAUAUGGUUGCUUCCGGUUUACCGAUUAGAAAUGGUGAUCUACAUGCUUCCGAAAUCGCUUCCAUGGCGUUACACUUGUUGGAUGCUGUUCGAAAAUUUAAAAUUCGUCAUAUACCAGAGGAAAGUCUUCUCAUGAGAGUGGGUAUUCAUAGUGGUCCUGUUUGCGCUGGUGUGGUUGGUGUUAAGAUGCCUCGAUAUUGUCUUUUCGGCGAUACUGUUAAUACAGCGUCAAGAAUGGAAACUACAAGUUUACCGUUGAAAAUUCAUGUUACCGAUUCGUUUCGUUCAAUUCUUGUGAAAUUGGGUGGUUAUGAUCUGACGGAACGAGGUUUGGUUCCAAUUAAGGGUAAAGGUGAACUUAAGACAUUUUGGUUACUCGGAGAGUCUCGGGAAAGGUUAAACUCUCGUCGUUCAAUUGUCCAUCCUCGAGAUUCAAAGGAUCAACGAUGUCACUUUAAAAGUCUUAUGAGCACGAUGACCACAUCAGGGUCACUUGGAUCGUCGACAUUGAUCAGUCCUGUUAGCAUUAUAAGCGGUGGACUUAUAACUAGGAAAAGUUCACCAGUCACACUGCCAAAUAGUCCAGUUCGUACAAGCCCAGUUUUCAAUCGUUCCGAAUCUCAGAUGAGCAGAAAAGCAUUUGCUAACAGUAACAUCGGAGAGUAA